AAUCAGAUUUUAGACCAAGGCCCUUGGUUUAGGUGGCCAGGAUACAUUCACAUACAAAAACAUAUGAUGCCCCACUGCCCAUUAUCACAUUUUAAAAUCCCUAGCCUUUGACUAACAAAUUGUAAAGGUAGGUACUAGCCCAUUUUGUGUUACUUAUUAUAUUAUAAGCUUCGUUGAGCAACCUACAAUCCAUUAAAGCACCAAUCAUUGUUGUUAAGAGAUCAGCUAUACUGGAAAGAGAUAUGGACUCCUCAAGAAUUACUCUGCGUCCAUUUAAGUUAACGGACGUUGAUGAUAUGAUGUUAUGGGUAUGCGAUGACCGAGUAACUCGGACCAUCGGAUGGAAGACUUUGACCUCGAAAGAGGAAGUGCUAACCUUCAUCAUGGAAGCGUGUAUACCUCACCCGUGGCGUCGAUCCAUAUGCAUCGAUGAUCGCUCAAUCGGGUUUGUAACGGUGUUUCCUGGAUCAGGUGAUGAUAGAAGUCGAGCUGACAUAGGAUAUGCUAUUGGUUUUGAAUAUUGGGGGCAGGGGAUUGCUACUAAGGCUAUCGAAAUGACAAUCCCUCAAGCGUUCAACGACUUUCCUGAAGUAAUAAGGCUUCAGGCAUUAGCUGAUGUUGAGAACAAGGCAUCCCAAAGGGUAUUGGAGAAAGUUGGGUUCAUCAAGGAGGGCAUAUUGAGAAAAUAUGGAUACCACAAGGGGAAAAUAGUGGAUGAGGUGAUAUACAGUCUCUUAUCCACGGAGUAUAACUUUACCUCUCCUUCAGGCCCAUGAAUUGCCACCACAAAGAAAUUUAACCUGCAUAACUAAGAAUUAGCCAUCAUCGUUGAGUUUCAACUUCUACAAGUGAAGUCCAAAGAGACCGUCAUGUAGAUUCACUUGUACAAUGGCUAUUUUUUUAUUGCAGAGCUCAAAAGUGGCCCUGUUAUAACUGCAUUUUUUGUGAGUUUUGUUUUUGCUCUUUACUAGAUAAAAAUCUUUAUGUACAGAGUAGAACCCAGUAGUGUUUUACUUUUGAAAUAAUAGGUAAUACUGGCUUGGUGUUUUA